GACUGGUGCCUCUUGUUCUUGCUCUCCAUGCUGGUUGGCCCCCUGAGUAGAGCACCAUGGGCACGGGGGACUUUCUCUGCAUCUCCAUGACCGGAGGGGCACCCUGGGGCUUCCGCCUGCAGGGUGGCAAGGAGCAGAACCAGCCUCUACAAGUGGCCAAGAUUCGCAGCAAGAGCAAAGCCUCAUGGUCCGGUCUACGUGAAGGGGAUGAAGUGGUCUCUAUCAAUGGCACCCUGUGUGCAGAUCUCACCUACUCAGAAGUCAUCAAACUUAUGGAAAGCAUCACUGAUUCUCUCCAAAUACUUAUCAAAAGACCAUCCAGUGGAAUAAAUGAGACCUAUGUCCCUGAAACUGCAAACCAAGAUCAUGACCACCUUGUACAUGAGGACCAUGUGGAGAGAAGCAGCCUGCAAAUUUGGCCCCCCUGCACCCAGGGCCAGAGGGAAUUUCCUGACCAGAAAGAUGAAAAGAAUCCUGAUUAUUCAGGAGAGACACAGCCAAGCCCCCAAAUAGCUCUGCACCCCCCAAGAAGACCCUGGACAGAGCCCAUAGUCUUAAGGGAGACAGAGGGGAGCAGGCCAGGAGCCGUGGUGGAGCUGCAGUUGUCCCUCUUGCCGGAGAGACACAAAGACCCUGGGGCCUUGGUGGGGACUGUCCCGGGAGGAGCUGAAAACCACCCCUCCCCUGACCCUCACCCUGACCAGCUGCAGGGAGGGCUUGGCCAAGGACCGUCUGCCUUCUCUGAUGAGAAAGAGGAUUCUGGUCAGGGGCCCAGGGAGAAGUUAAUUCAGCUCUCUAGUGGCCGAGAGCUGCAAGUUACCCAGGAGAGAGAGGCGGGAGCCCCCCACCUCUCCAGGGCUGAAGUGAUCAUCAACUACUCCUACGACAGAGAGAAGGCAGAAGGGUCCAACUGGGCAGGAAGAAAGGGGUGUGGUGAUUUUCAAGUGGAAGGAGGGCGGGCUGAAGCACCUCCUUCUGUGGUCUCCUUUCCCAUCUCCUCGGAAGGCACUGAGCAGGGAGAAGAUCAGCAGAUCUCAGAAAAGGAUCAGCGGAGGCCCCACAAGCACCGAGCCCGUCACGCCCGGUUCCGGAGGAGCGAAAGCUUGUCCGAGAAACAGGUGAAGGAAGCCAAGUCCAAGUGUAAGAGCAUCGCCCUUCUCCUCACCAAUGCCCUCAACCCCAACUCCAAGGGGGUUUUGAUGUUUAAGAAACGUCGCCGGAGGGCGAAGAAGUAUACCCUGAUCAGUUACGGCACCGGAGAGCUUCAGCGCGAGAUAGACACCGAGGAAGAAAGCGAAAAAGACGGGCCUGUGGAGGUCAAGUUCACGAGCGAGUCGGAGGUGGAUGAAGAGAUCGUCUCGGAAGCUGACGACGACGACGAAACCCCAGUGUGGACCUCGGACUGGGACUCUGGCCUGGUAGACAUUGAGAAGAAGCUGAGAAGCGGGGACACGAUGCAGAUGCUGCCAGACAGCUCCGGGAAGGGCGUCCUCAUGUUUGCCAAGAGGAGGGAGAGGAUGGACCAGAUCACAGCUCAGCAAGAGGAGGGAAAGGCAGAGGGCGUAGCCCGCGGGGAGUUCGAGGACGGCCAGGCAGAUGGGCUGAGAACAGUCACUUCGUACCAGAGGACAGAAGAAGAAAGCAUGAGAAUGCAGAGGAACGUGUCUAAAAGCUACCUGGAGGGAAGCCACACAGCUCAACAGAAUGGCUUCAGCGGAGCCCCAGAUGUGCCGGAGGCCCACAGAUUGGCUGCCUCCAACAGGACGGCCAAGCCCUUCCCAGGAGCGAUGAAUCAGGCGGCUGUGCCAUUUUCCCCUACCAGAAAUCUGGCAAGUCCUCUGUAUGAUUUUCCUGCGCCUCCCCCUUACUCUGCGGUCACCCCUCCGCCAGAAGUCUUGUCCAGAGGGGUGACCAGCCCCUUAGCUGCCCCAGCACAACCACCUCCGUGGCCCCAGCCAGCCCCGUGGGCCCAGCAGGCUUUUUAUGAGCCCACCGAACAGAUCGCUUCCCGGGAUGAGAGGAUUGCUGUGCCAGCCAAGAGAACGGGCAUAUUGCAAGAGGCCAGGCGGAGGGGCGCCUCGAAGCCCAUGUUUACCUUCAAAGAACACCCCAAGGUCAGCCCUAACCCCGAACUGUUGUCACUCGUGCAAAACGCUGAGGGCAAGCGAGGUCCUGGGGCCGGGUUCGAGUCAGGACCGGAAGAAGACUACCUCAGCCUUGGAGCAGAGGCUUGCAAUUUCAUGCAGGGCCACUCUUCUAAGCAGAAGACCCCACCUCCUGUAGCUCCCAAACCUUCUGCCAAACCCUCCCCCUCUCAACCAGUCACUCCCGUCUCCCCAGUUUGGUCUCCAUCGACUGUAGCUCCUAGCCAACCUCCUGCAUUCCCUGUUUCGAACCAGUCCCAGGGAAUAGUUGCAUCUGCCAUUAAAAUAGCUCGGCCUGCUUCCACCACUUACCAGCCUCCAAGUACUCCAAAUGUGGCCGGUCCCUUUAAAGGACCUCAAGCAGCAGUGGCCAGUGUGAACUACACACCCAAGGUGACGCCCACAGGAAACGCUACACCAGUCUCUGGGGGGGGACCAUCCAGCGAGUUGCCAAAAAUGAGCGGUAAAGGGGCCCAGCUCUUUGCUAAGAGACAGUCUCGGAUGGAGAAGUACAUUGUAGACUCAGAAAAAGUACAGGCUCACAUGGCCCGAGCUCAGUCUCCCACUCCAUCUUUACCAGCUUCUUGGAAGUAUUCCUCCAAUGUUCGAGCCCCCCCACCUGUUGCUUACAAUCCCAUCCACUCCCCAUCCUACCCUCCCGCUGCGAUCAAGCAACAGCCUGGAGCUCCGGCCACCUCCAAGCCAAGCAAGAAAAAGGGGAAGAAGCCUCUCAAUGCUUUAGAUGUCAUGAAACACCAACCGUAUCAGCUCAAUGCAUCUCUAUUUACUUUCCAACCUCCAGAUGCCAAGGACGGCCCUGUCCCAAAGCCAUUGGCCAAGCUUGGUUCAGUCCCAGCCUUGAAGCCAGCGCCUCCGCCCUCCCAGCCGGUCAAUGCCAGCUCACCCACCACCUUCCGAGCUUCCUCUGUAUACUCGGUGCCAGCCUACAGUUCUCAGCCUACCUUCUACUCAGAAGUCGCUGUCACGCCAGUUAGCCCAUCCCCGAUGUCUCCGGUGCCCGUAGCCCUACCCACCUCUCCCAAGCCUGAGUCCGCCCCCGCAACUUACUUUGUGGCUCCGAGGCCCAAGUUCUCAGCCAAGAAAAGCGGUGUCACAGUUCAGGAUGGUGGACGGUCCUUACCACGUUUUGGAAGACCCAUUGCAGCCACUGCCUCUUCCACUUCUCCUCUGAUGUUCCAACCUUCCCCCAGCUACCCCAGCAAACCAGUCUGUGAGCCUACAAAAGUCAAUAAGAGACUCACACCUUGGGAAGCAGCUGCUAAGUCACCCCUUGGCCUUGUGGAUGAUGCCUUUGGCCCAAGAAAUAUCCAGGAAUCCAUUGUGGCUAAUGUAGUCUCUGCUGCCCAGAGGAAAAGCUUGCCAGAGCCACUUGAGGACUGGAAACUAAGGGUCUCCUAUGCACCCCAAGCUCAGAAGGCAAACCUAGCUCCAUUUCACAGGAGGGAGAAUGGCAUCCCCAACCUGCCAAAAAGUGUCAGGGCAACCGUUUAUGCCAACAGCCAGUAUGAUGCCCCAUUGCCAUAUUCUGCCUAUUACAGGAAGCCAUCUAGGACUGGAUUUGAAGGGAUGAGCAUGGAGACCAAGUCUGAGUAUGGCUUCUCCUUCAGUGAUGGCAACUACAACCCACACCCAAGAGGAUGGAAGCGUGAGAACUGAGAUUUCCCCAGGGUAGAGAAGGCCUCUCUUUCUGUGCUUACCAUCUGCCAGUUCUAAUAGCUAAGCCAUGGAACAAACCAAGUGAUCUUUUCUUGAUCCAAGCAAUUCUGUAGGACAUGACAAUCAUCUGUUCUUGCAAAAGAAAUAGAUUUGACUCACGUGGCUCUGAGAUUCUUCUAUGUGAGAGAUUUGCUUUUUUGUUUUUGUCUUUAGUUCCCCAAGUCACAUCUGUAUAUUUUAGCAUGUGAGAGUGUACACACAUGCAUAUUCAAACCAUAAUUCAAAAUACCAGCACUUACUCUUCCCUACUCUUUCCUCAAGCAGGGGAUGAGGAAAAAAGAGGUCAUAUUUGUGGGAGGAAAAUGCAAUUGUCUAAGUUGGUGUCUGGAGUUCUUGGCAUACUUCUUUUUAUGUCACCAACAUAUUUCCCAGAAGGGCUAAGCAAUUCACGUCUGUGAGAGUUGUUUGGGAUGGGAUCUCCUGUCUGACCUCUUUGCCACCAUGAGUUACAGAAAGAACACAAUAUCCUGGUAUUUCUGGACCUGGCAUUGGAGCUCCAGGACAAGGAGCCUAAUUUGGGGGAGGAUUUCAAAGGCAAUACACCAGUAUAGUUUCUACAGGAAGGAAUUCCUGGAGAAUGUUUUUUUAAAGUAUUUCCCUUGAUAGCUUCAUAUCUAAUUAAACUCAAUUUUCUUUGAGCAACUGAUAGUAGUUAUAGACAGUCUGUGAAAGAGACUAAUAAAAUAGAUAUUUUAGAAUAAGGUUACCAGGAAUGCCAGAAUUAUUUUGACACAGAUAGAGUUGUACACCUGAAGGAGGGAAAAUUUUGCAUAUUGUAUUAUUUCUAAUCAAUUUGUAUUUGACCUUCUAAGAAUGAAAUAGGUACAGGGAUAGGACUGAUUUCAUUGAUAUAAGGGACUUCCUAAUGAGGAAAUUCCCUCUAGCAAUGCAGGUUGGUACCUCCUUUGCAAUUUAUAGUUUUAAAGAGCUGUCUGGGGCAAUGAGAGGUUGUGACUUGCCCAGGGUCACACAGCCACCAUCUGCCAGAGAAGGGACUGGAACCCAAGUUUUCCCAUCACCAAAGCUGACUCUAUCCAUUGCUCCAACCUGCCUCUAAGGAAUGAAGAUGACUCAAGCAAAACAAAUAUGAUGGGUUACUCAUGUCUUUUACUCAUGAUCUAGAUACCAGAUUCAGUCUCAAGGUUACUGAGGCCAUGAACGCCAUUGCCUCAAAGAGCUGUUGAAAAGCAGGUUUUCUGUUAUGUGUUAUAGGGUGUGAGUAUUGAUGUGAAGGAGAGGAAAGAACCCUAGGGGCUUUGUCAUAUAUUUUAAUGCAUUAAGGAAAUAGCCAGUUAUAACUGCUUGUCACUGUCCAUGGUAGCUAGUCACUGAGUUGUAGAGAAAGUUGUUGGCCAAUAAAUCAACCAUCUAGAACUGCUGCUCCUAAUAGUUAGUUACAUAGAUAGAUAGAUAGACAGACAGAUAGAUAGAUAGAUGACAGACAGACAGAUAUUUAAUAGACACAUAGUAAAUAGAUGAUAAAUAGAAAGACAGACAGCUACAUGGAUAGAGGGAGCAUUUAUUAAGUACCUAUUAUAUGCCAGGCACUAUAACAAGUGCUAGGGAUGCAAAUAAAAGCAAAUAAGACAAUCUGGGCUUGCAAGGAGCAGGGCACAGGCUCAGAGAUUUUGAGACUGAAGGGAUCUUAGAGGUAAUUUAGUCCAACCCCUUAUUUUUCACAGGAAUAAACUGAGGUUCAGAGAAGUGAAGGAAUUUACUUACUCAAGGCCAAACAGGCAGUAGGUGGCAAAGUCAUGAUUCAUUCCAGAAUCCCUGACUCCCAAUGCAUUGUCUUUUCUACCACACCAAGAAGUUGAAGAUCUAAUUCAUAAAUUGUAAAGUAAUCAGUGUAACUCUGGAAUCAAUCAUUAGAUAUGAGAGAGGAAUAGCAUCAUUUGGGGAGAUUCUUAAAGCAGACUUCCAGAGCUCAGGGUCUCUGUUUGAGAUCCUUGUCAGCUUGACUAGGAGAAAACAAGGUCCGAACGUGACUCAGUGUCUCAGUGUGAGUUCUAUUAACUGCGAAUUUAUAAAGCAUUCAGAUGACUCUCCAUAUGAGGAAUUGAGGAUUUUUGUCUGGUAUACAUAAGUGCUUAGGUAAGCCACUGUAGUGAUCUUUUCUUCUAGGAAAUGUCAUUUUCACUUGUCUCUUUCACUGAAUGUAAGUUUUUAAAGGAAAGGGAAAAGCCAACCCUAAUGCUUGACUUGCAACAUUGGCGACAUCUUUGCCGUCAUCACCCAAAGGAUGCAAUGACAAAACUGAAAAGAAGUGAUGAGUGUUGUUUGUAAAGGGAGGUUGAUUGCUGAGAAGAAAGAUGAUAAAGCACAAAUUCUCCCAAGUGCAAAAGCACAGAAUAAUAAUAAUAAUGGGGAAUUCCUGAGAAAUUCUAGGCACGAUGCAUGCUGGCUCCACUUGUCUGCCCUUCUCUCACUGGCAGCCCUGCUCUGGACUUGUCAGGACCUUCGCAGUGUCAUUUAUCUGCCCACUGACUCAGUCUGUUGUGGGGGUAUUGAGAGUUUGGCCCCCCAACCCUGCAUGUUCUUCUUAGCUCCUAAAUCAAUGCUACCACUCAUGUCCUUUAAUCACUGAUGGCCAUUGUGUUAGUCACUGGGGCCAUGACCUCCCAUGUGGUGUGUAAAAGAAGACACAACCAUUUACAAUAUCAAGUUUUGUUUUUCUCAGUUUCCAGAAUGAAAUAGACUCACUUACCAAAAAAAAAAAAAAAAAAAAAAACAACUUCAUAAAUGCCUUUUAAAAAUUUAAUUCAACAAACCUUUUAAAAAGUGCCUACCAUGCAAAAGUCUUGGUGCCAGGCAUUGGGUAUACAAAGACAUAAAUAAAAUAAUCACUACCCUCAAAGAUCUUACAUUCUAUGGGGGAACAACAUGUACACAGAUCAGUAAAUAUGAGAUCAAGACAAAGAAAAAUAACAUUAUGUAAAAAAUAACAGAGCCCUGGUAACUGAAGGACUCAUAGAUGAGAAGUCACAAGGACCAUACUUUGAAGGAUAUUAAGAAUUCCAAGAGGCAGAGGUGAGAAGGGAAUGGAUUCCAGAAAAGCUUAUCACUUGUUCACUUCCCUUUAAUAUUGCCACCCUCACCCAAAGCCUUCUUUGUUAUGAAGAAAAACAUUUGACCAGAGUCUGAUUGUGUAUUGCAUUGCUCAGCCACAGUCUCCACCAUUCUACUGACAAAAAUGUGUUUUACUUUUUAAUGGAUCAUUAAAGAACUCUGUUCCCUUUUUCAAAAUUAGUUCAAGGUCAUUAAAAAUAAUUAUCUAGUUAUCAGUCUUCAAACUUUAAGAAGAGAGGAAUGCUUGAGAAUCAAAGAAUUCAGUCUUCACCAAACUGGAUGGACACACCCACUGGAUUUCUGUUGAAAGGAGCCCUUCCAGGAAGUCAUAUAUACUUGACAGAGGUGACCUCAAAAUGGAAGAUGCCUCAAGUAAGCAACACUGGACCCCAUUGAGGUCUAGAGCCCUGAAUGUUGAGCAGGAAAUUCAUUCUACCUAAUUGUUUCAAUAUUAGAAUCAUUAAAUCAUAGAUUGAGAAAUGGAAGAGGUCUUAGAGAAUAUAUACUGAAACUCCCUGAUUUUAUGGAGGGGAACCUAGCUUUUGAGCUGCAGACCCCUGCUUUUAUGGAGAAGCAAGUUGAGGCCUGCCCAGAGAAAGGAAGCGACUUAACAAGGUCACACAGAGAGUACAUGGCAGAGCUGGGAUUUGAACUGUUGUCUUCAGAGUACAGCCUAAUACUCUUCCCACUCCAGCAAGCUAAAGAAUGAUCUUCGUGAAGAAUGAAGAAUGAUCUUUAUGAAGAAGUGGAAACUAACAUACUGAACCAAGACUCUCCCUAGGAGCUACGGCUUUCUAAGGACUCUUUUUAAGGACCCUUUCUAAGGACCUUUUUUUUUUUUCUUUUUACCCCUCAGUGGUAAGACCAGCUUGCCUCCAGGUCUUCCAGAGCUAGAGAAAAAUGCAACUUUACCAAGGCAGAGCAGGUAUGCAUUCAGCAGCAAUGUGGACUAGUUCCCAGAAUGCCUGUUCUCCAUCCUCAACUUCAAAUAUCAGACCAAUUCCCAAGUGGCUACCUGGGAUGUUCCUUUUUAAUUACUGCUUGUUGAACUUUUCCUCACCUUGUGUGUUUGAUGAAUGUACAAAUCUAUUCAUAGGUUCACAGAUUAUGAACUGGAAGGGGCCUUAGAGGCUAUCUCAUCCAACCCCCUCAUUUUGUAGGAGAAGAAAUGGAGUCAUAGAGAAGAGAUGGGACUUGGUCAACAUCCUCUGGUUGUCAGGGGCAGAGCCGGGAUUUGAAUCCCCUUCCUCAGAUGUCAGAUUCAGGGCUCUUUCUACUCCACUCACCUCUCUUUCUUAGGAGCACCUCUUAGUUACUGCCACAAAGACUGCCAUUUUAGAUUUCAGAAGAGCACAGGUGCACGUGCACACACACACAUACACACACAUGCAUACACACACACACACAGGCACACACACACAUAUGCACACAUGGGCACAGAUAUACAUAGCCUGCAUAAAGAUUGACUUGCACACAGAUAGACUGCAUGAAAUGGAAUCAGGUGGCUGCAGAUUCAGUUCUAAUUUGAGUAGAGGGAAUUGUACAAAGGUUUGCUUUCUGGGAGAGCUCACUGUCCAGGUUCAGCUUCUGUACAAUGCUCAUUGCUGGUUUCUAUUAUAAGAGACUCUGCCAUCUAAAUGUCUGAAACUUAUCUAAACACAAUUGUGAUUUCCACUUAUGUUGAUUCAUCACCAAUGAAUGGGUUUGAAAGGUGCAUGUUGAAGAUGAAGGUUGCAUUAAUAAAAAUUAUCUUAGCAAAAUCAA